AUUCAUUACAGUAUAAGGUAAUAAUAUCAACUAUGCCCAAAGUUCUCGUUACAGGCGCCAAUGGCUACAUCGGAAAUGCCGUAGCUCGGGCUUUUGUUCGAGCAGGUUGGAUCACAUACGGACUUGUGCGUUCCAAGGCCUCAGCAACAUCUUUGGCCGCGGAGGAAAUCAUCCCAAUAAUCGGCAGUAUCGACGACGUCUCUUCGCACGAAAGUAUUCGUGAUGAGCUUCCAGCAUUAAAUGCCAUCAUCUCUACUACAGAAAACAUCAACGAUUACAUCCCGCACUACAAAAACACAGUCCACCUUUUGCGAAGCUUGUCUGCGGCUAGCACUGCCAAUGGCGUCCGUCCCAUUGUCAUCUUCUCGUCUGGCUGUAAGGACUACGGCAUUGGACCACAUUAUGAUGGGGAGGCCGGAUUGGCACCUCACACAGAAGAAAGUCCCCUUAACCCUCCCAAUGUUCUUGCCGACAGAGCACAUUACUCGCUGAAAUUCCUGGACCACAAGGACGUCUUCUCGCCUGUUGUGGUCCGACCAACGAAUGUAUAUGGUAGGUCCGCUAGUUACUACCGAGGGUUCUUCGAAGCCGCGGCCCAGAGUGCCAAUACGAAGCAGCCGUUGUUGAUACCGGUGCCGCCCAGCUCGAUCUGUCAUGCGCUCCAUGUUGACGAUUGCGGUGAUGCCUAUGUCGCUAUUGCGGGACAUGCACGCCGAGAGGAAGUCGAAGGGCAAAUUUUCAAUAUCUCUUCAAGGAGGUAUGAAACCAUUGACGAGAUUGCUAAGGCCCUGGUUAUGGAGUAUGGUAUUACUGCGGGAUUGAAGUAUGUUGAGCUCGAGUCAUUGACUCUGGCUGAAAACCCGUGGCCACCAGCUUUGAUCGACUUCCCACAAUGGACGGGGUCGGCGAAACUAAGGACUGUGACUGGCUGGAAGGACGUUCGUCCUUUAUUUACCGAGGCAUUGCAUACCUACCGACUAGCCUAUGAAGCGGCCGCCGUGGCGGGACAUGAAAACAUUGAGAAGAUGAAGGAGCGGGUGGAGUACUUCAAGGCCUCAAUGGGACGAUGAUACCAACUUUUAUUUGUGUUUAUUUGAUAUAUAUAGCGUUCAUACCAUUUGGACGGGGCAAUUGAGCUCCAAAUAAAUAUUAUCAGUCGAUAACAAGCUAUUACAACCAAUUAUUAUAGCCAAGGUAUGCAAGCGAGAGAGCUAAAACAAUAUUAUAAGAUGGUUAAUUAGUUAGACCUGUUAAGAACCCGCUGCUCGGCGCUAG